GGAAGGGAAACUGGGGAGUAAAGUGCUGAUGGAUCGACAAAAAGCUUGGCAACUGAAAUUCAAAAUCGAUAAACCAGUGACAAGAAAUAUGAAAGUAUGUUCCCAGCAUUUUAUCGAUGAUGAUUAUUUUUAUCGAGAUUCCAGUACUACACAGAAAGAAUGUUUGAAAAAGACUGCUGUGCCUUUCAGAAAUCUUUCUGUUGGAUCCACUACCACAAAGGAAGAACAUGAAUGUUCUAGUAGUAGAUCUGAAAGAUUGAAUCCAAGAAAUAUCAACAAAGAAAAACUUAUUGCUGAAGACUGCUCUUGUGAAGAAAUCGAAGCUGCAUAAGGUCUAUUACAGCUUCUUCAGGGUCAGCCUGAUUAUAAUGGGCCUAAAACUUUCAAGGAUUUCGAAGUGCAAGUGAAUACUCCUAAAGUAUCUUCUUUGUGUGACCUGA